AUGGCUCUCGAAGUCUGUGUGAAAGCCGCUGUUGGUGCCCCUGAUAAGUUCGGCGACUGCCCGUUCAGUCAUCGGGUUGUUCUCACACUCGAGGAGAAGAGUGUUCCAUACAAAAUGCAUCUCAUUAACCUCUCCGACAAACCCCAGUGGUUCUUAGGCAUUAGUCCUAAUGGGACAGUACCAGUGCUUAAGAUCGACGACAAGUGGGUGUCUGAUUCCGACAUCAUCGUCGAUGUUCUCGAGAAGAAGUACCCUGAGCCAUCUCUCAAGACCCCUACUAAGUUUGCCACUGUUGGAUCCAAGAUUUUCAGUACUUUCGGGUCUUUCGUGAAGAGCAAAGACCGCAAUGACGGAACCGAAAAGGCGUUGCUUGAUGAGCUAGAAGCUCUGGAGAAGCACCUCAAGACUCAUGACGGUCCUUUUAUCGCCGGGGAAAGAGUCAGCGCGGUGGACCUGAGCUUAGCACCGAAGCUUUACCAUCUCGAGGUUGCUCUCGGCCAUUUCAAGAGCUGGUCUGUCCCCGGGAGCUUGUCCCAUGUACACCGCUACAUGAAAGCUUUGUUCUCUCUCGACUCCUUUGAGAAAACAAAGCCCGAGGAGAAGUAUGUGAUCUCAGGUUGGGCUCCCAAGGUCAACCCCUGA